AUGGCCGCAUUGUCGUCUGAGGUUUUUCAGGGGGACUUUGCAGCGAAGGUGUCCCACUACUUGACGCUGCUUGAUCCAGCCCUCUUCCAGCAGCUGUUGCCCGCUCAUCUGGCAGGUUGUCUGAUUGCAGACGGGCACUUUGCCCACACCGUUUCCUAUGAUCCAGCUCAAGCUAGCGUUCAGGAUGUGGCAAGUCUAAUCGAAGCCUUCAUCGUUUCAGCCCAGCAAAGCGCCAAUGCAGCCAAUAAUGAAGCAACAGCCACAUUGCAUCAGACGCCUACUGGAGCAACAAGGCAAGAGGCAGCACCAGCAUCAGUUGCUGAAGAUACCGUCAUCCUGCAGACACCACUUGCCCCUCCCAAGCCAGCAGCUCCUGGAGCGGUGCCUGGUGCUGUCAAGAAGCCAAGAGCUGUUUGGGGGGUUUACGACGUGGAGAUGCUCAAUGCGCAGCUCAAAGAGCAUGAGGAGAUGUUGCGGGACAAGAGCACUGGCAUCAAGUACCGCUCAAUGAGCGCUGCAGAGAAGUUUGAGAGGAUUGCUGAGCGCCUUUCCAAGCUCGACCCUCCUGUUAUUCGCACUCCCUCUCAAGUAGAAGACAAGUGGGACAGGCUUGCUGCUGACUUUAGGAAGGUCUUCGAUUGGGACAAGAACACUCCAAGCGGGAAGCCUGCCUACUGGGACAUGCCACCGGAUCAGAAGAAAGAGUACAGGCUGCCCCCUGCUUUCUCGAAGCAGCUAUUUGACAGCAUGUUUUGGCUCAAAGAACGCGCGAGUGUUGACCCCCCAUUGGUGUUUGACAGCGCAAGGCAGUACGAAGUACCCAAGGCAGGUGGCAAGGGGCUCGACGGAGGUUCAUCUGCAGGAGAGUCGAACAACUCGGAGGAGGAGGAGUCGCCAGAAGACAGCUCGGGUGUCCUGCGCAAAGGGUCAGCGAAGUCUGGGAACAAGCUCGGAAACAAGCGUUCAAGGGGCUCAUCGGGCCUUAGUGACAUUCUCAGAGCCAACAAUGAUGCAACAAACCAGACGCUAAAGGACCAUGAGGAGAGUAGGAACGUGCGACACAAGGAGACGAUAGCCUUGAGGGAGAAGGAACUGAACCUUGAGGAGAAGAAAGUGGCAGUAGCGGAGAGGAACGCAGACCAGGCCAAGGAAACGGGUGCAGGAUUGAUCAAUGCUUUAGGGCAGCUUGCGCAGGCCGUCCUACAGCUUGCGAACAAAUAG